AUGUCAGAAUGUACACGUUCUCUUUGGCCGUUGGUGUCGACGGCAAAUAGUGCAAUAGCGUUUGUAACUUCAUUUAUCUCCCUAUUUCCUCAGAUCAUCGAGACGUACAGAGAUAAGACGGUUGAAGGGUUAUCGCCCUAUUUCCUGCUGGCAUGGGUAUGUGGUGAUAUAACGUCUCUGACUGGGGCCAUAAUUACUAAACAGUUAGCAUUCCAGAUUGUCCUGGCAUGCUAUUUUCUACUUAAUGAUUUGAUAGUGCUGGGACAGUACUAUUACUAUGGGAUUAUCCAUGGAAACAAGCUCGCGACUGCUGGCCACGAAUCGAAGCCUAUGAUUAUCUCACGUCGUGGUAGUGCUGGAAGUAAUGCCAGCAGGGUUCUUGUGGCAUGCUCCUUAGCAUUAGCCAACGGAGUUGAAGCUGCUCGUGUUACCGAUAUUAUUCCACCACCACCGACAAAUAACCGACUUGGGUUGACACUAUCCUGGAUUGGCGGAUUAUUCUACGUAUGUGCAAGAAUCCCGCAACUGGUUAAAAAUUGGCAAAGGAAGUCUACGGACGGGGUCUCUCCUUUCUUAUUUGCCACUACAUUAGCAUGCAAUCUGACAUACAAUGCGUCAAUUUUUACAAAUUGCAAGUUCAUCGAGUGUUCCGACAAAUUUGAGUUUGUCUACAACGAAGCUCCAUUCAUCUUCGGCAGUCUAGGUACUGUAUUGUUUGAUCUCGUUUAUUUCUACCAAUGUUACGUGCUAUACGUAGACGACUCCAAAUGGCGAGAAUUAGAGAGAAACUUACUACAUGAGACUGGCGAGACAUCGCCAUUAUUAGCAAAUACAUCCUAA